UUUCCGUAGCAUGUUGCUUUUGUCACUGAGGCAAUGCACCGAGAAAAAGCGCCACCUGUGAUUGGGGACUCAUGCAUACGACCAGCGCUGCCAGACCGGGGAGCUUUAACCGUUUACCAGCACUACUAUCCCAGCUGACUGCGAGAUCAGCUGGCGUUACCGGCAAGAAAACAACGACGACGACAGGAGCGAAAGUAAUGAAGAGAAAGUUCGUUGCCAAGUUCUGCCACCCUGACCUGCCCCAUGGCCGCUCCUGUCUCCACCACGCCGCCGCGACCCGGAAAAUUUUGAGAUUUUCCAGGAGCACCUACUCGGUGCCCCCAGCUACUCGCGUGCUCUUUUCCACCUCCCAGGUGCUGCUGGCGGCUGCGAGACCCGACAAUAUGUCUUACCAAUUGUCGCAGCUAGGAGCGACUCCCUAAAUUUGGUGCCUGAGCAGAAUUCCAAUGCUUAGGUCUAUUGUUUGUCCUAAUUAUACCGGCGAAUCGA